ACAGUACCAGUGCAUAGCCAAAGGUACCAUCAAUUGCACUGCUAACGAUCUGUGCAGCGCAAACAUACUACCGUCGUGGUCAGUCUAAAAAUACGCGUCGAGACAAAAGUACACUGUACGGGCGUGACUACGCGACGCAUUUCGAUUACCCAGAAGCAAAAGUUUUGAAUUAUUGGUCACAAACGGCACAAGACACGCUGUUUAGCUGCAGUGCUAUUUUCGUAAAGAAAACUAAAAAUUGUUUUGAAAAUAUAAAACUAGCUAAUAACUUAGUGUAAUUUGAAUUUUUUAACAAAUGUGAAUUAUGGCGAAAAUGAAAAUGGGCUAAGUGCACACACAACCUUAUGGUGCAGAAGUGUUAGCAAAAGCGUUCAUUAUAAAGUUCUAACUACAACUUGUAAAUGCCACCGCCAAAGAAGCCACCGAUUCAUGUGCCGAAGAAAGCCAAUCCUAGUCUUGGCUACGAAGUGCUCAUCUACUUGAAUUCCUUCUACUUUGGCAUGUUCGCCUGCUGUGAACUGAGUAUGGGCCUGUUGAAGGCCAUCAAUCUAACAUAUCCGACUCACGUUUUGGCACGCGAUUCGGGUUUCGUGAUUGGUUUAUGCAUUUUAGAGACUAUACGCAUCAUACUCGGACGCAAGGGCUCGCUGGCUGAAAAAAGUUGGCAAGUUGUUUUAUCGGUUUUCCUAAUAGCUCCAUGCUUUUUCGGUGUCUCCUACAUAUUGCUGCUACAAGAAUAUAAACUACGUCUGGAAUACGUACUUUGUACUUUAAUGAUCGGUUUAUAUCUGACCGAAAUUUGGUAUGCAAUACUUUUUGUUUUUUCACUAUGUCGUCCAGUAGCUUUCGAAUAGAACUAGCAAAUUCAUAAUAAAUGAAAAUAUAUAAAUAAUAAAUGAAAAUGAAAAAAUAAAUAAUAAUGUAACAAAACAAGAUAAUUAAGAUAAAAAUUUGUAAAUGUGAACAAUUUUCAGUGGUAUUCAAGAAUUUGUAAAAUUAAGUAAUUAAAUGAAAAUAAAACACAAAUCAUAGCAAUAAAAUAUUUGAGAAAGAAUUUUGAAUGUAAGUUUAAAUCACACAAAUUGAAAAUGCGAAAUAUGUAUUAAAGUCGAAGAAUUUGAUGGGUAUAUAAAUAAAAUAAUUUUCAGACUUUUGAAUAUACCUUUUUAUAAUACAUACAAACAUGCAAAACCAAAAAAAAAAAAACAAAACAACACUGGUAAGUUUGUAAGUUAACAAACAAAAAAUAAAUUAGUAUAGUAGCAGUACACUUGUAUGUGGCUGAAUUAUUGUUGCCGUACAAAGUUUAUGCACAUGAAAACCGUUAACAAAAACCAAUAAAACAACUAACAAUCUUCACACGAUUUAUGUAUAUACAUAUAUCAAAUUGUACUACACAAUGCUGGGGAACAAGCGUACAAUCUGCGAAAUUUCAACUUAAAUAAAAACUAGAUUAAAUUCAAACUUAUGCGAAGACAUUAAUGUAUGUGGAUGAUAUGUACAUACAUUUGUAUAUACAUGUACGUUAUUGUGUAAUUAUUUGAACAAUAUUCACAUUAUAUAUUUGUAUGUAAAUGUCCUAAGGAUAAGCGAAUAUAUAGCUACAUAACUAUACAAUUAGAUUAUUAAGGACUAGACAAAUUCUCGAAACUAUACAGACAGGAAUGCAUAAAAAAAUAUAUAAAUAGUAAAUGGCCAUAUAAACUUAUAUAUACAUAUGUACAUAAAAUCCUAAAUAGCAUAUAUGUGUCGCGCAUAUAGAAAAUCGUUAUAUACAUAUGUACAAAUGUAUAUUUAUUUACUUAUUAUCUAUAACCAAAGCUAUAGUUAUAGGUAUUCAGUCACUUGAGGAAAAUAUUACAGAAUUAAUACUUUAUGUAUGCACUUUUCGAUUGCGUUGGGUAAGUACAUGCAUACAAUUGUAACAAAUUUCGAAAAAAAAAACUUUUUUUUUAAUUUUUAAUGAUAUUGGAUAUUGGAUAUUGGAAAAUAAAGUGUGAAAAUAUUGUUGAAGUUCUGGACAUAGAACUGCCUUACUUGAAAACCUGCAUACAUAAUGUGUUUGAAAUUCAUUUUUAAAAUUUGCUUUAUAAUAUACAAGCAUACGUUGCAUAUAUACAUAUAUGUACGUAUGUACAGAUUAGACUUCCACUUUCAAUGUAUUUAUAUAUUGUAUAUAUGUUCAUAUAUGGACAUUCAUAACAUUUCUGAUAAUUACUAAGAAAGCUUUACCUGCACGCAGGACAUUUCGAAAACUCUACUGCAAUAACAUCUGUCCUUACAUUCAUAUGGACACAUACUUUUAUACUUAUACGCAUUCAAGUGUAUCGAAUUUUCAUUUUUUAUAGAUCACAAUAUGUACAAUACAUACAUAAUUAGCUAUACAUAUAUACACGACAAAUCUUUGAAUUUACAUAAUUUGUAUUUUCCGUUUUUUUUUUUUUAUAAAAAACAUUACAAAAAUAGUUUUUAUAAUAAUUUCGAAGUAUUGUUCCCCCGUUAGAACGAUUCUUACGGUUGACAACUCUUGUGCCAAUGUUAAAGUUUGCGAUGUUUUUUGACAGAACUAGGUAUUCUUCAAAUAUUUAUAAUAAAAUAAUGCAUAAAUUGGCAAGUAAUUAAAAAUAUACUUUUCCAAAUAAAAAACUAUAUACCACAUGUGACUUAUUUAAAUAUGGUUAUAUACAAAUUUUAAAAGCUAAUAAAAUUGUAACAAAAUCAAACCGCUAAGAAAUGUGAUUGCAAACAUUGGUUACUAUAUAAAGUGUUAUUGUUUUAUAAAAUUAUAUUGUAAAAUUUUCAAGUUCACUCAUAUGGUUUUUACGAAAAUAAAACAAAAAUAGCAAUACAAGUAUAGAAAAUAGCCAAUAACCAAAAAGUGUCUAUGAAAUAUAGAAAAACAUUAUAAUAAAUAAAAUUAUUAGAUUACAAGAUUUCUUUAAUUAUAAUAAUUGUAAAUUUAUUAAAACACAAACAAUUUACUUCAUAUUUAUGAAUCAUAAAAACAACACAUGUUUGUAUGUAUGCACUUACAACAACUUUGAUUUUGUGCAUGCGAAACUAUUGUGAAACUGAAGAAUACUUAAUUUAUAAAAGCAAAACUAAAGAAUAAUAUUCAAUUUUAAUAGCAAUAAGAGCCUUAUUUACUUUAAGCUGAAGUCAUGAAAAAUAAGCCACAAACCGGUAAACACAAAUCUUAAUGAUAAUGUAAAUUUUAAGACCUAACUGAGCAGUGUACAUUUUAAUGAAACUGAUAACGCUAUAAAGAACAAAUAAAGAACACAAAAAUUAUAUAUGUAUUGGCAUACAAUUUUUAGAUACAAUUAUUAAGAUAAAUUUAAUGAAAUUAUACGGUCAAACUAGUGAAUUUUAGUGAUUUAUAUACCAGUGUUUAUAUUUUUGUUAUUUAUGUAAUGAACCUCAAUGUAAUGUCAACAUAAAUAUUAUGCAAACAUACUUACAUAAUAAAUUGUAGAUUGCAAUAUGCAAAUUCAUGCAAAGGAACCGAACAAUUUAAAUCGACAACAAGGGACUCACUCACGGACGCACAGACGAAAAACAUUAAUCCAACAAUCGCAAUCUGUUCACUAGUUACUUAUUUACAUUAUAUAUGUAUGUACAUAUGUAUAAGGCAUACAAACCAAUGCAUUACCUAUAUAAUGCACAUACUCGUAAUUGCAACCUAUUUUUUAUUCAAUUAUACAUAUUUAUGUAUAUAUGAUUAACCAUAUAAUGUAUAACGGAGUGUGUGAGUUGAAAUAAAAUAAGGACCCUUUACAAAUUCAAAUACAAACUGAUCUGAUUUUAUUCAAAUAAUUUAAAAUGGUUUGCUUGCUUUUGGAAAUAACGAAGCACACAAGUAAGUAUGUAUGUAUGCUAAUAUUUAUUAUUUAUGUAAUGCGCGAGCGGAGUUGAGAUUGAACUUUCUUCUUAUGUCUAUGAGAUUUGUUAAAACAUAUGGGGAGUAAUAUUUGUAUUUCAAACAACUUUUAUUUGAAGCAACUAUCAAUUGCUGUUUUUUAAACUGUGUAUUGAAAUUGUUUUCAAAUACUCCACUAUUUUCUCAUUUUACUUUUUAUUCAAACUUCAGCAAAUCUAAAUUAUGAACAAUCAGUAUUUUUGUUAGCAAAAAAUUCAAAAUUAAAAAAAAAAAAACAACAAAAAAAAUUAAAUUAACUAAGCUUACUAAAAAUUUCGCACAACAUGUACUGCAAAAAUAGUGAAAGCAAUG